AUGGCUCAACCACAAGCUGAGGCAGCAGCAGCACCAGCAGCAGCUGCUGCUGCUGCUGGUGCUGCAGUUGCUGCUGCUCCUGCAGCAGCACAGAAGGCAAAUAAGGAGGAGAGGGGCAUGCAGCGGGGAGCAGCAGCAGACCUUGCUAUUGCUGCUCUAGGGGACGGCCCGCUGCUGCAGCAAAAGGACCUUGAGCUGCUGCAGCAGCUACCCAUCACGGAGGAGCUGCAGCAGCUGCUGCUGCAGCGCCAGGCAUUGUUUGAGCUGGCAGGACCGCAGGAUGGGUCACAGCAACAGCAGCAGCAGGUAGUUGCUGCUCGCAGCAACAGCAGCAGCAGCAGCAGCAGCAGCAGCAAGUGGGGUUUAUGGAGCAUCCCUAGGGCGCUAUCAUCAGGCCUUCGACAGGUCGGCGUGCUGCUGCGUCUAAGCCGCAGCAGCAACGACGCAGCAGCAGCAGCAGCAGCAGCAGCAGCAGACGAAGCAUUAGCAUGGUUACCUAGACAGGGUCUGCUGCUGGGGUGUACGUACACCCCAACUAUUAGCUUAACGACAGAGCAACCGCUGCCGCAGCAUUUGCUGCCGCCGCAGCUGCGGGCACUGCAGCAGCAGCCUGUGCUGCUUGCUGCAGCAGCAGGAGAAUUUUCUUUGAUGCUGCCUCUGUUUGACGCCUGGUGGAGGACGUGGCAGAAGCAGCAGCAGCAGCAGCAGCAGCAGCAACUGCAACUGCAGCAGCAGCAGCAAUCCUGUCCCUGCAGCAUGAAAAGAGCUGCAGCAGAGGAGACACCCCAAUCAGACAGUACUGUCCCCUCUAUUGAUGACAGCCCAAGCAGCAGCAGCAGCAGCAGCCCAACCAACAGCAGCAGCAGCAGCAGCCCAAGAAACACGAGCAGCAGCAUCAGCAGCAGCAGCAGCAGCAGCAGCAGGCCGAUGCAGCCGGUGGCGGACUAUAGGGGUAUGCUGCUGAACUUGAACUGUACAUCAGAUUGCUGCAGCAUAUCAUUGUCUGCUGCUCCUUCUGCUGCUCCUGCUCCUGCUGCUCCUGCAGCAGCAGCAGCAGCAGCAGCAGCAGCAGCAACAGUGUCUCUUUUCUCCUCAGCAGGGAGACUGUCUAUCCCGCUGCAGCAGCUAGCCAAGCUAGCCACCCUUGCUCAGUUCCAUAUGCUUACUGCCCCUGCACACAAUCCGCAGAAGCAGCAGCAGCAGCAGAAGCAGCAGCAGAAGCAGCAGCAGCAGCAGCAGCAGCAGGAACAGCAGCAGCAGCAGGUAGGGAGGAAGGCCCAAAGAAAGGCAGCUAUGCUGUCUAUUAAGGCACUAGUAGGUCUUAUUGAUGCCUUAGUUGGGGAGGCGCAGCAGCAGCUGCAGCGCAUGCAUUGCUGCAGCAGCAGCAGCAGCAGCAACGGGGAUGCAUGCCGCUGCACUGGUCCUUGCUGCAAACGUACACUUCCUUCUGUCUAUUAUAGACAGCAGGACCUGCAGCAGCAGCAGCAGCAGCAGAAGCAGCAGCAGCAGAAGCAGCCUCCUCCUGUUGUUGUCCCUCAUCUGGUAGCACAUCUACGGUGUACAGACAGCAUAGAAGGUGUUCGUGCUGCUGCUGCUGCGCUGCAGCAGCUAAUUGCUGCUGCACCUGCAGGCCUAGUAGGAGGUAUUCAUAUAUCAGGUGCAUGCAAGGCAGCAACUCCUUUGCUGCAAAGGAGACAGCUUGUUGCUGCAGCAGCACAUGAGCUUUCUCCUGCUGCUGCUGCUGCAGCAGCAGCAGCAGCAGCACCGGCACCAGAGCGGCCGCUGCUGCGCGUGGUAUCUGUGCAUGCAGCAGCAGGACCCCUUGAGCUGCUGCAUGCGCUGCUGCUGGGUGCAGACAUAGUAGAGGGUGGUGCUGCUGCUAGCGGCAGCAGCGCAGCAGCAGGAAUAGCAUGGAGCUUUGGUAUACCAUCAGAGGAAGAAAUUGCUGCUGCUGCUGCAGAACUGCAGCAGCAGCAGCAGCAGCAGGGAGACGUGCUGCUCGCGCUGCAGCAGCUCGAGCAGCUGCCACACGAACACCUUCGGCUGUAUAGGCAGCUAAAUUUAAUGUCUUCUUUGUAUAGGGAUGACACCAGGUGUAUAGACGGUACACCUAGCAGCUGCAGCUACAGCAGCAGCAGCAGCAGCAGCAGCAGCAGCAGCAGCAGCAGCUCAACAGCAACGGGAGUACCAGGCGAUACAGAAGAUGAAAUGGAUGCAGACGAAGCAGAAAAACAGCAGCAGCAGCAGCAGCAGCAGCAGGAGCAGCAGCAGCAGCAUAUAGGGUAUACAUCCUGCGUAAAAGAGAGCCGCUGCUAUCUACAUCAUUUGCUGCUGCAGGAAGAACUAAAUGCACCGUCGCUGCUGCAGCAGCACAAUGCUGAGUGCUGCCUCUCUUUUGCUGCUGCUGCUGCUAGCAGCAUAGCAAGAGGAACUGCUGCUGCAUUUGUUCAUUGCUUCCUCAAGACACAGACACUUACCCCACAGCAAUAUGCUGCAGAGUUCCCUGGUGCUGCUCCUGUUGCUGCACCUGCUGCUGCUGCUGCUGCUGCAGCAGCACCAAGUCCGUUUGCUGCUGAUGAUGGUCAUGAUGCUGCUGCUGUAGCAGAAAAUUCAGAGGAGAAGAAGCGGGAAGAGCAGCAGCAGCAGCAACAGCAGCAGCAGAAACAGGAAGAACAGCAACAGCAGAAACAGGAACAACAACAGCAACAGGAACAGCAGAAACAGGAACAGCAGCAACAGCAGCAGGUGCAGCAACAGAAACAGGAGCAGCAGAAGCAGGAGGAGCAAAAAGAAACAACACCUGUCUCUGCAGCAGCAGCAGCAGCAGCAGCAGCAACAGCAGCAGCAGGAGAGGAAGCAAGUCAAGGUAUAUCACCAGCAGCAAAUCAAGGGACCCAAGGCUUACUGUACACUAGAAGCGGCAGCAGCAACAGCAGCAGCAGCAGCUGCUGCAGCGGCAGCAGCAGCAUGGAACUAGAGCCCUCAGCUGUACCCGUCAAGCGUUCGCGCGGCCGCCCUCGCCGCAGCAGCAGCCUUGGAGCCAAUGACUUUAUUAUUAUUAGCAACAGCAGCAGCAGCAGCAGCAGCAGCAGCAACAGCAGCAGCAGUGCAGCAGCUGCUGCUGAGAGCAGCAGCACCUUCAUUAAAACUGGCAGCAGCAGCAGCAUCUCCUUCCAGAAGAGGCGACGCAUGCAGAACUGA